AUGGGCACGCCGCGCAACGGGGUUGCACCUUCAGAGCUUAACGGAUCUGCCCAGCCACCCGGCAAGACUGAAAAGGUCUGGGUAGGCGUGCGCAUCCGUCCACUGUUGCCUCACGAAAAGGAGGCUAAAGAGGCAGUGGCGUGGACAGCUGGGAAUCAAAGCACCUUAACAUGUUUGGCAGAAGAGAAAAAUGCUUACCAACAGUCUACAUACCAGUAUGACAGAGUGUUCGGGGAACGCACCACAUCUGAGGAAGUGUAUGCAUCCGCAGCGCAGCCAAUGGUGAGGUCCGCCAUGAAGGGCUACAACUGCACCCUCUUCGCCUAUGGCCAGACCGGCUCCGGCAAGACAACCACGAUGCGCUCGGUUAUGCGCCACGCGGCCAAGGACAUCUUCAAUUACAUAGCUCACUCGCGCGACCGGGAGUUCAUGUUGAAAAUGUGCGCCAUUGAAGUGUACAAUGAGGUGGUGCAUGACUUGUUCGUCGAUACGGACACAAACCUCAAAAUCAGCGACGACAAGGACAGGGGUCCCGUUGUCGUGGACCUUACGGAGCAGAGCAUCGAGUCCGAGGAGCAUCUCCUUAAGAUGCUAAAAGCAGUAGAGGGCCGCCGACAGGUGCGGGAGACUAGGAUGAACCAGAAGAGCAGCCGGUCGCAUCUCGUUGUGCGGCUAUACGUGGAAAGCAGAGCUGCACCGUUUUCGACGGGUAGCCUCAAGGACCUGGCACCCGUACUAUCCACGAUCAACUUUGUGGACUUGGCGGGUUCGGAACGGCUUUCUCAGGCCAGUAUCACAACUUGCAGCCGUGGUGGUCUCUUGUUGCAGGCGAGCAACAUCAACGUCAGCUUGUUGACGCUUGGCAAAGUCAUUCGUGCGUUGGGCAAGCGUGGCGACCAUGUGCCGUACCGUGAGUCCAACCUGACGCGCAUUUUGCAGCCAUCGCUGUCCGGGAACUCGCGCAUGGCCAUCGUCUGCACGCUUUCGCCAGCCGCGGGGUCCGUCGAGAACAGCCGGGCCGCGCUGCAUUUUGCCAAUCACGCUAAGGCAGUGACCAUGCGGCCGGUAAUGAACGAAGUGCGCAACGAGCAGGCGCUUAUCCACAAGAUGGAGGCGGAGAUCGUGGAGCUGCGCCGAAGGCUGGUAGGCACAGGCGGGCAGGCGCAGGCGGGCUGCUGGCCCGCAGGCACAGGCGGGCUGUGGAUGCACGGGGGAACCACUAGAAUACUUCAGGAUGAUCGGGCCUUGGUCUCAAACUUGCUUCAGCAAGCUUCCGCUGGAUUACAAGGCUGCUCCGUCCUUAUACUGAAGUGA